AUGGCGUCCUCAAUGCAGUUCUACGGCGUUACGCUGACUGAGAAGGAGCUGUUUGAGUCCUCCGCUGGCGGCAUCAAUUUCGACAAGUACUCUGAGAUCCCGGUCAAGGUCGAAGGAAACGAUGUCCCCACGCCUUUGGAGAAUUUCUCGGACGCCGCCUGUAUCGAUGUGGUGAAAGAGAACAUCAAGCGCUCCGGCUACACGAAGCCAACGCCCGUCCAGAAGCAUUCGAUGCCGAUCCUCUUCGCCGACCGCGAUCUGAUGUCGUGCGCCCAAACUGGAUCCGGAAAGACGGCCGCCUUCUUGCUCCCAAUGAUCAACAAGUUCCUCGCACGUGGCAUCGACAAUCUGCCUGGACCCGAAUACAUCAACAAUCGCCGUUGCCAGCGCCCGGUCGGAUUGAUCUUGGCCCCGACGCGUGAACUCGCCAUUCAGAUUCACAAAGAAUCGGUGAAGUUCAGCUACGGCACCAACCUGCACACCGCAAUCUUGUAUGGAGGUCGCGAAAACUAUCGCGAGCAGAUCAACAAGCUCAACCUCGGCAGCCACAUUGUUAUUGCGACACCGGGCCGUCUCAUCGAUGUCGUCCAGCAAGGUUAUUUGUCGCUCGGCCAGGUCCGCUGCCUGGUCUUGGACGAGGCUGAUCGUAUGUUGGACAUGGGCUUCGAGCCACAGAUCCGUCGUAUUCAAGCGCUGGGCCUGCGUGAGAAGGAGAAGCGCACCACGGCCAUGUUCUCCGCGACCUUCCCAAGAGAGAUCCAGUCGCUUGCGCGCGAUUUUCUCCGGCCCGACUACAUCUACGUCACUGUCGGCCGUGUCGGCUCCACGACUGAGAACAUUGUCCAAAACGUCGAAUGGGUGGAGGAAUACGACAAGCGCGGCAAAUUGAUGGACAUGAUUGGAAAAAUUAAGGAAGGAUUGGCUCUGGUGUUUGUCGAGACCAAGCGCAACGCCAACGAUUUAACGCUGUACCUUGGACGCUCUGGAGUACGUGCGGUCACCAUCCACGGCGAUCUCAACCAGGCCGAGCGCGAGCGAAACCUGUAUUUCUUCAAGAACGGAAGCUGGCCUAUUUUGGUUGCUACCGCUGUUGCUGCGCGUGGUUUGGACAUCCCCGAUGUUCGCCACGUGAUCAACUUCGACAUCCCGUCCUGCAUCGACGAAUAUGUGCACCGCAUUGGCCGUACUGGUCGCGCUGGCAACAUUGGUUACGCCACAUCCUUCUUCAAUGACCGGAACGCCGCCCUGGCCAGCAGCAUCCUGAACCUCCUCACCGAGGCCAAGCAAAAUGUUCCCGAGUGGCUGCAGAAGUACUCUUCAGGCCCGGUCACCAUGCGACGCCCAAAUAUGCGCGGAAGCUCUGGACCUCGGCGCAACUUCUCCGCUCCAAAUGGCUUCAACCAAGGUGGAGGUGGUGGCGGCUAUGGCGGAUACAGCGGUGGUCGCGGCGGCGCAGGCGGAUAUUCCGGAUUCGCUUCGAGCAAUGGCGGUGGAUAUGGUCAGCAGCAGCAGUCGGGCUACGGUUACCCGGCGGCUGGCGGCCCCUCGUCUUUCCGACAAAUGAAUCAGGAUUACAACACCCAAUCCUUCGGCCAAGGCUUCAGCGGCUUCUCGACUCCGCAAUCGGGCAAUGGUGCGUUCAGCGGCGGCUUCGGAUUC